AUGACUGCUUGGGCCUAUGCCACCCUGAAGAGGGCCGACCACGAGGCACUCUUCGAGGCCCUAAGGCGGGUGUCCAUCCCCACGAUCCACAGGUUCAAGCCCCAAGAGUUGAACAACUUGGCCUGGGCCUUCGCCACGCUGUUGUCCCAUGAUGGGGAGCUGUUUGCCGCCAUCUCCUGCGCGGCGUUGGCGCAGAUCGAUGACUUCAACCCACAAGAUUUGGCCAUCACCGCCUUGUCCUUCGCACGGGUCGAGAUCUGCGAUGCGGCGCUCAUGGCGGCCAUCUCCAAGGCGGAGGUGGGGAUGAUGCACCAGUUGCAGCCGCAAGAGCUCGGGAAUUCCCUUUGGGCUUUUGGAAAGCUGAUGAUCCUCGAUGUGCCACUGAUGUACGCCGUCUCGCAAGAAGCACAGAGGAAGAUGUCUCACUUCAGUCCGCAGAACCUCACCAACAGUUUGUGGUCCUUCGCCAAGGUGGUUGUGCUUGACAACCCGUUGGUGGAGGCGGUCUCGACGGCCUCUUUGGCCAUCCUCCCGCAGUUCAAUGCUCAGAAUUUGUCCAAUACGGUGUGGUCCUUCACCACCUUGGCCAUCACCCCCAUGCCAUGCUUGGAUGCUUUGGCCAAGGCCUUCCUCACCUCCCUCCAAGCCUCGGCGGCGGCAGAACCGCCCUCGCCACAGGCGGUGGCGAACCUCGCGUGGGCGCUGACGACCUUGGGCUACCUUCACCGCCCGCUGCUGGAGGGGAUUGCUGCUCAUGUGCUGACCACCCUGGCUCAGUAUGCAGGCGCUUUCGGGGUCUCUCUUGGUUUGGUGCUUCUCGGUCCUGAGCUUUCAGAAGCCACCCUUGCUGGUGGCCAUGGCUGCACAGGCGCAGGAGCGUUGUGGAGAGUUUCAAGUUGGGCAGCCCUAGUUUGA